AGUGCUGAGACGAAGAGAUUCUUGCGAAAAAAAUCAAAUGCAUCUGAAGUCCCUUGUGCAUCAUAUUUGUAACCCCUGGCAAUAAUCCUGCAGAACAGAACGCAGAACAUGGUCUGCUAUGUUUUAUGAACAGACCACAGGAAUCCAUUAUGCUGCCCGUGCUGUACGGAUAGACGUUAGGACCGCGCAGACUCGGCUGGAAUGGAGAACAGCAGCUGGGUUCGCCUUUCUCUGCCUCAAGCACAUGCAGAACUUGUUUAACACCCGCACUUGAGGCACGAGGUCUGCUCUGCUCUGGUCUGGAUGGCGUUUGGGAGGUGCUUCCAGUGCACCGUGCACGCGUAAACCCGCCUUUUGUGUGCGUUUCUUAGUCAGACUGGGAAAGUCUUCGGGCUGACUUUGUGUGUGUGUGUGUGUGCGUGCGUGUGUGCGCUCGCUCGCACGCUCUCUCUCUCUCUCUCUCUCUCUCUCUCCACCGUUUCUUUUCGCACUGGAACCGCUAGCGCUCGAACCGGAGGGACCGUUGCAGCUUUUUCCUUCCUCUUUUCGUCCACGGUGGAUCUGUGGAUAUUCAGCAGAAUGAAUUCGGACAUUAACGUGUACCUGGGACGGGAGAAAGCGGGGCUCAUGCGGAAAAGAGCCCUGCUCUUGAGGAAAGGCUGCAGCUUCGAGAUAACUAGCUCUGCAUCUGAAGACCUGGGCUGCAGGAGGGGCGAGUUUAGCCGGAAGCACUAUGGAUCAGUGGAACUGCUGAUCUCCAGCGAUGCAGAUGGAGCCAUACAGAGAGCCGGAAGGUUCAGGGUGGAGAACGGUUCACUAGAUGAGAAUAUGGACUACACUCCAGGAACCUGGAGGAGAACCGAUGUCCAUCUGGAGAACCCAGAGUACCACACCAGAUGGUUCUUCAAGUACUUCCUGGGAAAAGUCCAUCAGAACUAUGUUGGUGUGGAUGCAGAGAAGAACCCGUUCUACUUAUCUGUGGUUUUGUCAGACCAGAACAACCAGAGGGUUCCCCAGUACCGAGCCAUCCUUUGGCGCAAAACGGGCACUCUUAAGAUUAGCCUUCCUUACAGCCCUACAAAAACUCUAUCAGUCAAGUCCAUAUUAAGUGCUAUGAACAUGGAGCGCUUCGAAAAGGGGCCUAGAGAGAUCCUCAACCCAGAGAUCCAAAAGGACCUUCUGGUACUGGAAGAGCAAGAGGGCAGCGUAAACUUUAAAUUUGGAGUCCUCUAUGCCAAAGAUGGCCAGUUGACCGAUGAUGAAAUGUUUAGUAACGAGACAGGAAGUGAGAACUUUGACAAGUUUUUGAAUCUGCUCGGUGACACAAUUUGCCUGCAAGGCUGGGCUGGUUAUAGAGGCGGCCUGGACACUAAAAAUGACACUACAGGAAUACACUCCAUCUAUACAGUAUAUCAGGGUCAUGAGCUCAUGUUCCAUGUAUCCACUAUGUUACCUUACUCUAAAGAGAAUAAGCAGCAGGUGGAGAGAAAGAGACAUAUCGGGAAUGACAUCGUCACCAUCGUAUUCCAGGAAGGAGAUGAUGCCUCACCAUCUUUCAAGCCCUCCAUGAUCCGAUCUCAUUUCACGCAUAUUUUUGCCUUAGUUAAAUACAACAAUCAGAAUGACAGCUAUAGGUUGAAGAUUUUCUCAGAAGAGAGCGUGCCGUUGUUCGGACCACCCCUUCCCUCACCGCCAGUAUUUACAGACCACCAGGAGUUCAGGGACUUUUUACUAGUCAAAUUAAUAAAUGGAGAGAAAGCCACUCUUGAAACCCCCACAUUUGCGCAGAAACGUCAGCGGACUCUUGACAUGCUGAUUAGAUCUCUGUAUCAAGACCUCAUGCCAGACCUGCACAAGGUUCCCUUUUCUCCACAGAACAUGUUAAACCGACGCUCCUUCAGUGACGUGCUGCCUGAAUCGCCCAAGUCGGCCCGCAAGAAGGAGGAGGCACGCCAGGCCGAGUUUGUCCGGAUAGGGCAGGCAUUGAAGUUGAAGACCAUAGUAAGAGGGGAUGCUCCUACUAGUCUAGUCAACACUGGUCUUUGCAGAAAAGAGCCAUGGGAGUCUCAGUCUUUCUGCAGUAGCUUUGCACAUGAAAUCGUCUGUGGAGAUUCCUGGGGUCAGUCGUUAUUGGUAGCCACUGACUCAGCCGGGGUCAUGCUGUUAGAGGCCUCAGAUCCCUUGCUUUCCAGUGCAGACUCUCCAUCCCUGCCUCCAGUUCAAGUGAUCGACAAGACUCUGUCCGUCAAACAGAUGCAUGUACUUGAACCUCAGGAUCUCCUCAUUAUGAGGGCUGAUAAAGGGAAAGAUGCCCGACUCUAUGUGUACAAACUGAGCGCUCUCAAGCGAGGGAUAGAGGAGCGGCAACUCGUGCGCACCAAAUGUGACAGCAGAGAGAACAAACUGGAGAAAACCAAGGGCUGCCAUCUGUAUUCUAUAAACACACACCAUGGAGUGGAGCUACGCAUUGUGGCAGCGAUUAGGAACAAGCUCCUCCUUAUAACAAGAAAACACCCUCGUCUCGACUGCCUUAGCUGUGUCAGCACAAGCAUGGGAACGAGUGAUUCCCCAGUUGAGGAGUUCCAGUACAUCCGGGAGAUCUGCUUGUGUGAUUCUCCGGUUGUCAUGGCACUGGUCGAUGGGCCAACAGGAGAGAAUGAUCACAUGAUCUGCGUGGCAUAUAAACACCAGUUUGACCUGAUCAAUGAGAGCACAGGGGAUGCCUACAGACUGCACCAUGUGGACUCCAACCGGGUGAAUUUUGUGGCGGCUAUAGACGUGUAUGAAGAUGGCGAGGCUGGGUUACUGCUCUGCUAUAACAAUUUCUGCGCCUAUAAGAAGGUGUGUCCAUUUAAUGGUGCCACACCCAUGAUUCAGCCAAACUCUUCUGACUUUCACUUCAGCUGGAAUCAAAUGCCUAAUGGUAUUGUGUGUGCAUUCCCCUACAUUCUGGCCUUCACCACUGACUCCAUAGAGAUCCGACUGGUGGUCAAUGGAAACCUGGUUUACACUGCUGUGGUCCCUGAGCUUCAUCUGAUUGCAUCUAGGUCCGACAUUUACUUCAUAUCUUCAGCUCCAGUAAACUCUGCCUCCAACUGUAGCUCCAGAGACACCAGUUCUCAGAGUUCUCCUCAAACUCCGACAGGCUACGAGAUGCCCAUUUUCCCCUCACCCCUUGGAGAUGAUUGUAUUCGGAUCCCCUACGGCACCAAGCUUUCCCUCUACAUGUCUAAAGAUUCUGAAGGCGAAGCUCCGUCCAAACACAUCUAUAAGAUCCCACUCUGUAACCUAGUGGGGCGAAGCAUAGAGAGGCCGCUUAAAUCUCCAUUAGUCAGUAAGAUGCUUAUGGGUGCAGUACCUGGUGUGAUAGGCCCCACCUCCGUGAUCUCGACCACACCAUCUCUCUCAUUGUCUCGCAUGGAGAUCAAAGAGAUCGCCAGCCGAACAAGGAAAGAACUGCUGGGUUUAGCUGAAGAACCUAGCAGCAAGUCAGACAGUUUCUCCAUGAAACAGAGGAAGACAAGCAGGAAAACAAAGGAGGAAGAGAAAAGGAGACCGGCAGGGAUCGCAAGCACUGAGCAAGUCGGGUUGGAGUGUGUUGAUGGUGACAUUGACAUUCAACGGCAUUGUUCCUCUGGCUCAGAGGCGGAGCCUCAUGAGGGCAGCCCACCCCUGACCAGCACUUUAACGCUCUCUGCAUCUUUCGAGGAGGACAUCCUGGACCUGAAGUGAUGACAAUCCUACAGUGUGUCUCUUGUAGCCCCUCCUCAACCCAACCUGCGCUCUAUUUGUUUGUUGUUGUUUUUUUGUUUGUUUUUUUACAUUUUAUUAUUUGGAUUUUAUUUUUUACUUUUGUCCUCAUCUACACUAUGUGAUGUGGAAAUGGAACCACAAAGCUUUGCACCUGAGUGAGUUUACAAUAACCAGUGUGAUAGGAAAGUUUCAACACACUUGUGUAUGUGCGUGUGUGUGUGUGUGUGUGUGUUUCUGUCUGUCUUGUUCAGUGAGACUCAAGCUGAACUUACCAACAGUCAUAAUAUCAAAAUGCUGUAAGGAAAAGAAAAAGCAGAUGAGCUCUGGGAUAAGAAUUUUAAAAGACCUCCUCCCUUCUGAAGUAAGUCACAGGACCGCAAUCAGGUUUUGAUGACACAGAACUUGUCAGAUUCACUUAAUGAUAAUGUAGCCAUGGAAGACUUAAGGUCAUAGCUUAUAUUUCCAGGUCAAAGGAUAUGAUCCAAAGCAUAGCAUAGCAACCAAGCCCGAAUGUAAAUCUGAAGCACCUAUGUCAGAUUAUCUAUUUUAAAUCAUGUUGUGAUUUAAGUGAUUUAUCUGUCAAUUGCACCUUGUAAUUAUUUCAGAGUUUAAAAAAUAAUAAACUAUAUAUACAUCUCAGGCUGUGGCUGCACACAUUAAGAUACAUAUAUACACAAAAUACAAAUAAAUAUUCUUUCUAAAUAUAUUUAGUGAUGAAAGUUUAAUAAAGAAUAUAGGUAAAUUAAAUGUUAUGCUACACCCAAGCAAAACAACCGUGACCUGCACACCUUUGGCAAACAGGGCAGAAAUCUCCCACAAGUGCCAUUUUCCUACAACUCCCAGCAACUGCAUUAAAUCAGACUGGACAUGGAUUACAUUUCCCAAGAGGCAAGUAGCUACACUUCCUAUAGCUGUUCCAUUAAGUGGACACAACAAGCUUUGUUUAAUUAGCACAUGCGCCUCGGCUCUUGAUGCCUAAUGUAAUACUAUGUAAGUGCACUCAAAAAAAAAAAAAAAAAAGAAGUUUUUGCCUCUGGAUUAAAAGGGCUCCCAAACACCUGCAUGCCUCCCUUAAAUCAUAUUACAAACUAAAAAGGGAUUUUGUAUACUGAAACAUUAGAAUUAGGAUUUGAUACCUUCACAAGUCAUAGACAGUUUACAUAGAAUGGAAUAAUUAAUAUAAAUGUCAGCUAAAGGUUGGACUACAGACUGCAGAUUAAGUUCUAAUUUAAUAGGCCAAAGAGGGAGUAAAGUAGCUGAUAGUGAAAUAUUAACCUAGAUAUUUAUGUCCCAUCUCACACAUUGAGAUGGGAGAUGAAAAUUUUGGCAUAUAAGAUAGAGAAAGACAGUUUAUGGCAUCAUAUUAUGCUAAAUGCAUGCCCUCUCUAACUAAAUUUUCUCUGACACUGUAUAUGCGUCAAGAACCAUUAUCCAACACUAGUAGCAGCCUGAUUGAAAAGUGAAAAUGUGGGACUACUUUUUGCAAAUUCAGAUUUUCAGUAUAUUAUCGUCGCACUGCAGUUUUUAUUAUCACCUGUUGAAAGGAUUGUGUGGUGCUGGUGACUCACGGAAGAUGUUUAUAAUUUUACGUUUUUGUUCUCUUUGCCUCCUGUCCCUCUGUUUGCUCGAUCUUCGUUGUUUUCGCAGUGGUUUUUGUAUUUGAAUCAAUAUUAACUGUUUAGACUGUCACUGAAACUGUUGUUGAUAUUGAAAUUAAAAGACAAAAAAGAAAAAAAAGAGAAAAAAAAACACCAAGUGUCUUAAAAAUUGUAUUGCCAUUGUUUUUAAUGCCAAGUACUACUUGUAAAUGGUUGUGUUUCAGAUGUGGCCUCAAACAAACCUAUUAUUAUUAUUAAUAUUAUUAUUAUUACUACUACUAUUAUUAUUUGGGCAAGUGCUGUAGAUCACUGCUGUAGUUCGUAUUGUUCAUUGAUAUUAAAUAAAUAUUUAUGAAAUUUGUGGCA